AUGAGUCAAGAGCCCAAAUCUGAAAAGUCAAGGAAGGAGGAAUCUUUUUUUGGUCUAAAUGUUAAACACUCUGCAACGGUCGUCAACAAAGCACAAGGCAGAGGCUUAAACAAUAGAAGCUUUAUACAGUUCCGUACUGCAAAAAUUACUAGGAGUUUGGCCGGAUUCGAUGGUGAUACUGGAAAAUCGAAGAAGGAGAAUUCGGUUACUUCGAUGCUCACGGCGGCGGAGGAGGAUGGUCGGCGGCAGCGUCGUAACACACAUCUCUACAGCUGGACACGUGUUCUUGCUUAA